AUGACCUACCAAGGCCGCACUGCUAGGUUCAAUGACCUAGAUCAAUUCCUCAUGUCCGGCGACUCAAGCUCACAGGAUCCUUCCUUUAUUCUCAGGCCUCCAGCUGAUCAGUCUGAGAAGAGCCCACCAUUGCACUCAGAGGCUGACUAUCUAUCUACUUUACUCGAGUCAGGGCACGCGCCUGGCUACCAACAAGGCGCUUUUCCAACCCCAGCUACCUUGUCCCCAUUCAAUAGCCCUCAUUCAAACCUGAAGGGCGAUUCUCAACCAGCACCGUCAUUUCGGAAUCCUCUCCGUCAGCGAAAUUCAGCCGCAUCAUUGGAUCCAAAUACCAGUCUUGCUGGUUCUAAUCUUGACCCGGAUGCGUCACUUCCAGGACAAAGUGCGCAACCAUCUUCCGACGAUCUCAACCGCGAAGAGCGUUUGACAGAGACCGAACCAAGCGGACUUGAAAUCACUUUAUACCCCGGCCCUAUGUCGGUAGCAGCAGGCGGGUACAUUGCUGGUCCAAUGCAGCCCAAUUCUCAUCAAUAUGUCUGGGGCAAUCGCCCAUUCCAACCACUACACCCACCGUCAGGGCAUAUGAAAUCCCAAUACCCCCCUUCACAACCAUAUCCCUCGUCGGGAUUUCCAGUUGGUUAUAAUGGAAACCAAAGCGAGCCAAUGCACGGUUAUCACGAACCAUCGGUACCGCCAUCAUAUCUCCCUGGAGCGCCUGGUAGCGCUCAACAAAGUCAAUUGCGGAGUCCAUCGAUUGUUCGCCCUUUCCCUCCACACUCGGGGGGUACUUUACUUGACCAACCGCUCAUGACUUCUCCUCCCCCUUAUAUGAUAAACCCACCAGGCUAUUAUCUCCCAGACGCACCCCCGAUUCCGUCCUCGCACCAGACUUCUAUGAGCACACGGAGCUCCUCAAUGCCCACAGAGCCCGUAUUCGCUGCGUCCGACUCAAAGCCCUCCGCUGCAGAGUCAGAUCACCCCCUUCGCAGGGCCAAUUCCCGACCUCGACCUCGACCCCAGUGCUGGGAGCACGGCUGCAACGGUCGCGAAUUUUCAACUUUCAGCAAUCUGCUCAGGCAUCAGCGCGAAAGGUCUGGCGUGGUCGCCAAGGCAGAAUGCCCCGUUUGUGGAGCAGUUUUUACUCGCACGACGGCGCGCAACAUCCACGUUGCGCAGGAUACUAAAAACAACGAACGGAAGAUCGUGGAGGGGGCCCACGUGGUGCCUGAGGCAGCUCGGGUGACUCAAGUCGCGGCGAUCGCUGAAGACGCAGCGUCUUCAACAAUCGCAUUCACCAGAAAUGCCUACUUCUAUUUCCUUGUGCAAAUCUGA